UCAGAUUAUUUAGCCAUCUCCUGCUUACUCCUUCUGCCGUGUCUCUCUCCUCCCUCUUCUCCUCUCUGUUGUCGCCGCUGCUCUAGCUGCCUCACCCUACAUCCCUCCCUUCCCACCAACGCUGCCUCCCUCCGCCUUCUCCUCCUUUUGGAGAUCUUCAAAGCUGACCAGCACACACUUGCUCAUAGCAUAACACACUCCUCUCCUGCGUGGGAAAACAUGUCAGCUAUUCUGGACCUGGACCAGAUUGCAUGCUCUGGGAAUGGAGUGGAGCAUGACAUUGAGACUCCUCAUGGCGUUCUCCAUGUGACUAUGCGAGGCGUUCCCAAGGGCAACAGGCCCGUCAUCCUCACCUAUCAUGACAUCGGCCUCAACCACAAGUCAUGCUUCAACACCCUGUUCAACUAUGAGGACAUGCAGGAGAUCACACAGCACUUUGCCGUGGUUCAUGUGGACGCACCUGGCCAGCAGGAGGGCGCUCCUCCUUUCCCCAGUGGUUAUCGCUACCCGACCAUGGAUGAGUUGGCUGAAAUGCUGCCGUCUGUGAUGACUCAGCUCAAGGUCAACAGCGUCAUCGGUAUAGGUGUUGGAGCCGGAGCAUACGUCCUCACACGCUUUGCACUGAACAACCCCACCCUUGUAGAGGGACUGGUUCUGAUCAAUGUGGACCCGUGUGCUGAAGGCUGGAUGGACUGGGCAGCUUCAAAGCUGUCUGGAUGGACCAGUAAUUUGGUGGAUAUCGUCAUGGCUCACCACUUUAGCACUGAUGAGCUGACAGACAACCAAGAGCUGAUCCAGACCUAUCGCCUCCACAUCGCACAAGACAUCAACCAGGACAACCUGGCCCUCUUCUGUGGCUCCUACCAAUACCGCCGGGAUCUGGAGAUCGAGAGGCCAAUUGUUGGUUACAAUGAGGACACCGUCAACACACUAACGUGCCCUGCUUUGCUGGUGGUUGGGGACACGUCACCAGCUGUGGAGGCUGUGGUGGAGUGCAACUCAAGGUUAAAUCCAACCAAGACUACACUCCUAAAGAUGGCUGAUUGUGGAGGCCUGCCCCAAGUUGUGCAGCCAGGAAAACUUGCUGAAGCCUUCAAGUACUUUGUUCAGGGAAUGGGCUACAUUCCCUACGUUCUUCUCAGUCACCUGAGCAACGAAUCAGUGCCGUCAGCAGGAAUGACUCGUCUGGCUCGCUCACGCACCACCUCCUCUUCCAGCAUCACCUCCAUGGACAGCAGCCGCAGCCGCAACAACCUCAACAGCCUGCUGGAGGGCAGUGCCACUGGGGCUCUCGACAGCCAGGCUGGACCCCAAACCAUGGAGGUUUCCUGCUAAACCCCAUCCCCACCCCACUGUAUGCACACUCCCAUAGUAACUUAUGUACCCUCUGCCUCUCUCUCUCUCUCUCUCUGUCUCUCUCUCAUUCUUCUCCUAAGAAGCUCAACUCCAGGAGGAUCAGUAAUGAACUAUGUGAUUAGAGAAGAGGGUGUAAUGAAUAUAUUAACAGAUGCAUAUUAUUAAAUAUAAAAUAUUGAAUACACUGUCAAAGUCACAUUCCUACCAGAGACUACAUCCAGAUGUGUUGUAUAUUCAGAUGGUCAAACCAUGUGAUCGACUCUGCUGUUCCACAAAACCCCUUGUAUUUAUUUUUUUCACGUUGUCUUUGUUUUAAAUGUCCUCACAAACUGUAAUAUCUCCCAAGUGUUCUAAAUGUCUUAUUUUCAUUGCACUGUGCAUCACAUUUGCUAUUUUAACUCCUCUCUUCUGUAGCAUUAAGUGUGAGUCAUUGUUUCUUUGUGUUUAAUCUCCUACUUGAUGCAAUGUGAUGCCGAAUUAGUCACAAAGUGUAAAGACGGAUCGCUGAACCUACUGUAGCUGCAGAUAUGGAGGUAAAGUGAUCACCGUGAGAACUGUGUGGGAACAUAGAUUAAAAAAACAUUGAUUGUGAAUGUAAAGUCUGUAAAGCCCGGUCAUAUGAUGGAUUCCUUUUGUUAUUGAAAUCCUCUCCUUUUCUUUCUUAGUGCUGUUGUUUUUGUUCAGUUGAGUAGAUAAUUAAUUUAUGUUUUAACAACUUUUAACAAGAGGGAUCUGAUGUGAAAAGUAUGAGUCCCUUCACUGAGGGGCCCACUGGUGCUUCUCACAGUCUGCUGAUUCAACUCAUUUAUAUUACUACUGAAUAAAGCUUCAACAUGA